AUGCCACCUACCAAGCUUCCCAGGGCCACCUUGGAGCAGAAGAUCCAGAUCCUCGACUUCUACCACCAGUCCAACCGCCCCCAGCUGGAGACCGUGGACCGCUACAAGAACGAUAUAUCCAUCUCCACGUCCUCGUUCAGCGAGUGGCUCAAAAAUGAGGACGAUCUCCGUGAAAGAUUGAACCAGGCAGGCUCGUUCUCCAAGCAUAGCCGAAGAAGAGUCAAGUUCAAGUAUGAAAAGAUCAACCGCGCCAUGGACCUCUUGGUCCAGCAACGCUUGGAACGCAACGAGCCCAUCAACGAACCGAUUCUCCGCGAGCACUGGUCCAUCUAUGCCCACCAGUUCGGGGUCGAUGACCCCAAGCGUCUCGUGGGCUUCAGUCAUGGCUGGUUGUCCCAGUUCAAGAAGAGACACGGCUUGAACAAGUCCCGUAUGAGCGGCAAUGCCUCGUCUGCAACCACCGCAUCGUUGUCAAACGGCUCGCCAGACUCCUCGGCCUCGGUAUCACCAUCCGUGGUGCCGGUGUCGUCGCUCACCGACUUGAACGGGUCGCUGGCCUCCGCCUCCAACUACCAGGCCUACUCCGGAACGACCUCCUCCAACCCCGACAACAUCAACAAGUACAAGACCCGCGCUGGGUCCAACGGCGAGCACACAAACCCAGAAUCGUUCUCCAACGGCUCUGCCAACGGCUCCACCAACAACGCCAAUCCCUCCACCACAACUGGCUCCAACAGAGCCAACACUCCCGGUGGCUCCGGCACCGACUCGGCUUACGACCUCAUGAACCCCCAAAACGCAGCAUCUACCUCCAACCCCUCCAGCUCAAACACAGCCGGUAACCAGUUCCAUCCCCAGCAGGGUCUUAGUUUCACGAGCAACACCCCCAACCUCAACCUCUCCAACUUUGCAUUAUACCAGCUGCAGUCCCAGCACCACCAGCACAAAUCCCAGCAUCCCCACGACCAGCAGUACAACGGCAACAAGCGCCAUCAGCCUCUGCAACAGCCCCAGCUGCAAGACUCCUCCGACAAUUCAUACGACUACCAACAGCAACUCCGGGCCCAUUACGAAAAUCAAAAACACCAGUAUGACCACCACCAACACCGGCUCACCAGGUCGAGCACCAGAAGCAAUCCUAGCCACAGCAACAGUACCAAUUUGCGGGCCCCAUCUGCCACGGCCCCAGCUACAUCCAACGAAACUACUAGCUCCAUCACGCCCAUUGCACCUCCCCCACAGUCAACUACUCCCCAACAGCUGCGCCAUCACGACCCCCUGCUAGAUGUGUCUGCCGCCGCCUCAACUUCGGGAGCCUCAGCUGCUCCACCUGUGAGUACAGAGACCGAGCUGGCUCCAACACUGGGCAUUAAUGCGUCCGAUAUCGAAAGGUUUAUCUACAUCUUUGCGGACAGAUUUUUUCAUGACCACCAGUACGAAUACCCACAAACCGUCAAAAUAUUCCAGGAGUUCAAAAACUCGUUCUUCAAUGAGAGAAUCAUUAAUAUCCGCUCUCUAAAGCAACAGCAAAUGAUGCAGCAGGCUUCGAAUGCCGACACUAUUUCGCAACUCCAUGCCAGACAGCAGGCACAGCAGAUACAAGCAGCUCAGCAGCAACAACAACAGCAACAGCAACAACAGCAGCAACAGCAGAUAUCGGGAAUCGACGACUUCUUCUUAAGAGCUGCGGUGGGGCAAGAAUCUUCUGCCAGUACCUCGAAUAAUGCCAACAUCGACAUUUCCGCUAACAGCACUGCGGCCACUAAUACCCCAAGUGCCACCACUAGCUACUCCAACACCAACAACACUAACAACACACCAGCCACCAGUGCAGCCAGCAGUUCCAACAAUACCUACAUCACCUCCAACUCUGGCAUCCACAACCAAAUGCACGGCAAUCAACACUACCACAACCAGGGACAUGUCCACCAUCGUAGCUCUGGCUCCGUCAACGGCGCUGGAAUGGACCCCAUGAUGGCCUCAUCCAAUAUUGGCAGGCUGUUGAGGAGCGGAUCGACCGUGAUCUCUGGCGGAUCUGCCCCAAGCUUGGGCAAUGGAAACAAGCGAUACAAGUUGGACCGAUAA